UGUAAAAAUCCUUAGAUAAAACGAUUUAGGUAUUAUCUCAAACUUGCUGUAACUUAUGGCGAUGUGUAAGUGACUCUGGUGUGACUUCCAAGAUAAUCCCUUGUUACAGUUCUCUUUCUGGUUGGAGUUAUGUAUUCCUCUUCGACAACUACGUCUCUGGCUGGCAAUGGGGAGUCAUAAUGGUAGGUCACAGUGUAAUCUCUGUCGUAAUGUCUUCUGUAAGAUGGGUAGUUGUAGUAAGAGCUGUAGUAAGAAUGUCUUGGGUAACUGAUGGCAUUAUCAACAGUUGUAGUUGUAGAACUUCCAUAAAGCCCAUGAGUGGUGGUCGUCGUUGUGGUAGAAGGCCUGUCAUAAUAGCGACUGUAAUAGCUUCUGUAGUAUGGGGUAUGGUAUGAUGUGUAUGAUGAAUAAUAUGGGGAAUAAGAGCUGUAAUAGUAAGACAUCUCUAUCAAUUCUAAAUAAAUUUUAAU